GGCUAACGUCCAGCAGCUGGAGGAGGAGUCCCAUCGUGUAGGCAACAGUGUCGGCGUGACCACGGCCGAACAACCGCUGACCCUCCGUCCUUUCCCCGCGGUGCAAACAUGGCUCUGAGCCGCCUGGAGAAGGCUCAGGUGUGGCUCUACAAGGCGCUGAUGGGAGUCCUCUUCAUGCUGUUUCGGCUCCUGUCACCUCGGAGACCUGCUAUGUCCGGGAAGAAGCUUCCGCCCGUCAGCAACCCUCUUCUGGUCAUGUCAGCCACGCAGCUCGCCAAGAAGAUCCGGCGAAAAGAGGUGUCGAGUGUGGAGGUGGUGCGGGCUUACAUUGACAGGAUCCAGGAAGUCAACCCUUUUCUGAAUGCUGUAACAAAAGACAGGUUUGAUGCUGCCCUGCAGGAGGCCACCCAGGUCGAUAAGCUGAUUGAGGAGGAAACUGGAGGAGAGGAGGUGCUGGAGGACCGACUGCCAUUACUGGGAGUCCCGCUCUCUGUCAAAGAGUCCUUCUCCCUCCAGGGUAUGCCCCUCACGACAGGUGUGAUCUCCAGGCGAGGAGUCGUGGCCACUGUCGAUGCUCCUCCGGUGGCCCUGCUGAAGAGAGCGGGCGCCAUCCCGAUGGGCGUCACCAACACCAGUGAGCUGUGCAUGUGGUGCGAGUCCCACAACCACCUCCACGGCAUCACUAGCAACCCUUAUGACCUGGAGAGGAUACCAGGAGGAAGUUCAGGCGGGGAGGGCAGUAUACUGGGAGCAGCAGGUGCAGUCAUUGGCGUGGGCUCGGACAUUGGAGGCAGCAUCCGUAUGCCCUGUUUCUUCAAUGGAAUAUUUGGCCAUAAAACCACCCCUGGUGUUGUGUCCCUUGACAACCAGUAUCCACCUUGUACUGGCAGACACCCAGAGUACUGUAGCAGUGGUCCCAUGUGCCGCUACGCUGAGGACCUGCUGCCUAUGCUCAAGAUCAUGGCGGGACCCAACGCUCACAUGUUGUCAUUAAACAAAAAAGUGGACCUAAAAAAGCUGCGGUUCUUCACCAUCCCUCAUGAUGGCGGCUCUCAGAUGACGUAUCCUGUCAGCAAAGAGCUCAUGGAGAUUCAGAGGAAGGUGGUGAAGAGUCUGGAGGCUGACCUUGGAGUGAAAGUCAAAGAAGUGAGUUUCCCCGGGCUCCGAUACGGCUUCCAAAUCUGGGAUACCUACAUGGCUCUUCCUGAUGAUGAGGGCAAGACUCCUACGCCAUUUGCUGAGCUGAUGGGAGAACCAGGGCGACCUGUGUGGCCUCUGUGGGAGCUGCUGAAAUGGUUGAUAGGAAAAUCAGAGCACACGAUGGCCGCUAUUGGUCUGGCCCUGCUGGAGAUGACCCAUGUGUCCAAACCCUCGCCCUUCAUCAUCCAGCAGAAGGAAAAGCUGCAGAAGGAGGUAGACGAGUUGUUGGGGACAGACGGUGUCUUCCUUUACCCCUCACACCCCAGAGUGGCUCCCAAACACCACCACCCGCUCUUCAGACCCUUUGACUUCGCCUACACAGGUGUAAUCAACAUCCUUGGGCUGCCGGUCACCCAGUGCCCCCUGGGUCUGGGUGAGGAGGGUCUCCCUCUGGGUGUGCAGGUUGCUGCUGGGAAGCUGCAGGACCAUCUGACCCUGGAGGUGGCUCUGUACCUGGAGAAGACAUUUGGCGGCUGGAGGGACCCCGGGGCCAACUGAAACUACACAUUGACAGCCGUGACCAAAAUCUCCAGACUGGAGCCAGUUGGAUUGAAGAUUGUGGUACUCUCUUAUCUGCCUUGCUGCUUGCUGUAGUACACAAAGAGGUACAAUCAGAUCGCUGAAUGUUCGAGUGGAAACAAGUGAUUUUUGCACCAAUCAGUUGUUCCAAUAAGUGUCAGUCAUGAUUUGUAUGAUUUUACCCUGUUCAGGAACGAUGAAGUCAUGAGCACAAGCUUUAAAAAUGAUAGAUUUUUAUAUUAAUGGAUAAUUAGCAUUCACAUUAACACACAUAAUGAGGGUUUUUUGGCUGUUGGUGACUUGGUUUGACACGUCAGUAUGAUGCCAGUGUCUGACAGGACGUUUUUCCCCGUUUCCGGACUGCCAACACCUAUACAGUUACAUGUGUUACAAUUUUAGCUCUCAAAAGGUCAGCAGAUGACAUGUUCAAGGUUUUAAACGCCCUCCACACACACACACACACACACACACACACACACACAC